AUGGAGGGCGCGGACGCACUGGAUUCCAUCUCGCGGAGCGGGCUGUACACAGUGAUCUGGGUGGAAUAUGGAAUCUGCACAGUCGUCAUGGCUCUGAGGGCAUACUCGCAAGCUUUUGUGCUCCGCAAGUUUGCUGCUGAUGAUAUCGUCAUGCUCGGCGCCUAUAUCAUUCAAGGCGUCGCAUCGGUCUUGUGUACGCUCUCAACCUCCUAUGGCCUCGGAUCAAGCGUCACAGACCUCGAUUAUCACCAGGUCGUCAACUUGCUCAAAUACGCCAUGAUCUCUAUGCCCUUUGGCGUGAUCGCUCCCCUCCUCGGCCGCAUCUCGUUUAUACUAUUCCUCCUUACCUCCGUCAUAACUGUCCACAAGCUCCGUCGCAAGCUGCUGUGGGGGCUCAUUGUGCUUCAGACGAUCAUCAACAUUGUUCCGUGCAUCCUACAAUUCACACAAUGCGAUCCUGUCGAGGCGUUGUGGAAUCCGCUCCAACUUAUAGCUCGGUGUCAGGGAGCAAUUGUCGUUCUGCGAUUUGGAUACUUCCAAGGAGCCUUCAAUGCGUUAACCGACUUGAUUCUUAUCCUCACCGGCCUCGCAGUGAUUGUAUCACUCAAAAUGCGCCGCUCCAACAAGAUCGUUCUGUGCAUCAUCUUAUCACUAAGCUCUCUGGCCAUGAUUGCCGCUAUUCUCAAAACCGUCCAGCUGCGCGGAAUGAACACUGCCAACUUCAGCCACGCAAUGGGUCUAUGGGCAAUCUGGUUUCUAACCGAAGGAACGGUCGUGAUCAUAACUGCCUCGGUCCCACGCCUCCGCGCAAUCAUCGUCCAAGGCCGAAAGGGAAACUCGACGUACACGCCCUACCUGACCCCAGAUGGCAGCAACGGCCCACCGCCGUAUGAGGAGCGUUCGCGAAAGCAUCGCUCGAUCCGUACGACGUUCCUCGAAACCUCGUUGGACGAUGCUCCGAUCUAUCCAGGGUCUGAGGAUAGGCGGGCGGAUAGGGGCGAGGAAGGGAGUAGGGACGUUGUGCUGAUGGAGUCUGGGACAUCCUUGACUCGAUCUGUUAGGGUGAGGGAGGCAUUGUGA